AUGGGCUUCUCAUUCGACAGCCUCUUCCGUCCCCAACAACAACAAAAGGUUGUCGAGGAGCAGCCGCCGUCCAGCAACGCCGUGACCGCAGCAGCAACAACCCCCGCGACCACCCAGAUCUCGCUCAAGAACACCACGCCCUCGGCCAAUGUCUACGUGACGGUGACGGGCCUCGACACGAGCAGGAACAACGCCCGCUGGCUGCUGCAGAGCGACGGCGCGACGGGCUACUGGCCCGCGAGCCCGGGCGACGACCACGCCGCCCUGGCCGCCGACUGCAGCAUCGCCCUCGGCGGGCCCGGCAGCUCCCGGACCGUCGCGGUGCCGCACCUCGCCGGCGCGCGCAUCUACUUCUCGCGCGACCGCCCGCUGCACUUUGAGCUCAACCGCGGCGGGCCCGGCGGCGGCGCGGCGCUGGUCGAGCCGUCCAUCACCAACGCGGCCGACGCCAACUACGGCGUCGCCUGGGACUUUUGCGAGUUCACCUACGACGACCGGCAGCUCUUUGUCAACAUCACCUACGUCGACUUUGUCAGCAUCCCGACGGCGCUGCAGCUCGAGAGCGAGACCCCCGGCGCCGCCGUCCAGCGCGUGGCGGGCAUCCGCGCCGGCGGCCUCGACGACAUCUGCGCCCGGCUGCAGGACCAGCAGGCGCGCGACGGCGCCGGCUGGGGCAGCCUCGUCGUCAAGGCGCCCGCCGGCGGCGGCGGCGGCGGCAACCUCCGCGCCCUGUCGCCCAACUCGGGCAUGGUCCUGCAGCCGGGCCUGUUCGCGGGCUACUACGAGCCGUACGUCGACGCCGUGUGGGCCAAGUACCGCUCCGCCGACCUGCGCGUCGACACGCAAGGGUCCUGGGGCGUCGUGACGGGCCGCGUCGGGGGCGGCUCGGCGGGGGGGGAGGACACGCUCGACUUCCCCGGGGUGGGCUCCUUCCCUCGGCCGAGCACGCGCGACGUCUUCUCGUGCGACACGGGCGCGUUCGCGCGCUACGCCGCCAACGGCGACGAGAUGGGCAACAUCACGGCGCGCCUGGCCGCGGCCCUCAACCGCUCGACGCUGCUGCUCAACGGCGACCAGCCCGACGGCGAGCGCGCCGAGACCUUCUACCCGCCGGGCGGCGUGACGAACCACUACGCGCGCAUCCUGCACGCGGCCAGCGUCGACGGCCGCGGGUACGCGUUCCCCUACGACGACGUCGGCGCCGAGGGCGCGCCGGACCAGGCGGGCACCGUGUUCGACGGGGCGCCGAAGCUGUUGACGGUGUACAUCGGCGGGUUUGAUGACGGCGGCUCGGCGGCGGUGGAGGCGGCGGCGCAGGGCGCAGCCAAGGCCGAGGUGGCGGAGGCGGCGACGGCGAAUGUGGUGAAGAAGGAGGAGGAGCGGAGUGGGGGAGAUGGCGAGGAGGAAGGCGGAGGCAGGCUGAAGGCGCGGCUGGCUUCGGUGCGAGGGUCGGUGAGGAGGGUCCUGAGCCGCCGUCUGGGCCCGGGCCGGCGGGCUCAGAAGGUUGCCUGA